CUCUGCCCGCUGGGCACCAGUGGGGCUCAGGUCCUUGUCAGAUCUCCUAGUCCCCUAGCUCUGUCACCCGUGCUCAGGGUGGGUGUGGAGGAGGAGCUCUGAGCUGGGGAAGUGGUAGCCUGGGGCGUAGGAGGAGAAAUAGGUUUUACCACGGUUUCCUCCACUUUCUGGGCUUCCCCUCACACACCAAGAGGAGGAAGGAGCGGCAAGGGGAUUUUAAGUCCCAGGCAGAGGCCUCCGCAGAUCCAGAGGUGGGGCUUGCAGCCGAGGCCUCUCCAUCCUCCACUUCUGCUCGUCUGUGGAGGCCUCUGCUCUCCUAGGCAACACAUCCUGAAGGCCUGGGGUGGCUGGGCCAAAUCCCAUCCAGGUCCUGCUCCCUUUUCUUGGGGCUUUGGAAGAGGACCCAUGGCCUGGGAGGCCACAGGCCUGGUGACCCCCUUGCUGCUGGUGCUCCUGGCCUCCGGCUCCUGGGCCCAGGACACAGUGUUGUGGAGACUGGAGGACGAGGCGCUCACUGUGGGGUGCGGGUACAGCCUGCACAGAAGAUCAACGGCAAAAAUCUGGUGUCGGAAGAUGUCAGCAAAUAUUUGUAAAGUAUUAGUGACCAGUCUCCAGAUUUGGGAUCCACGAUAUUUCAUCCAGGAUGAUCCUAGGUCUAACAGCUUUGUGGUCACCAUGAUUGGGCUCAGUGUACAGGACUCAGGAGUCUAUGUGUGUGGACUCUAUGAAGAUCAGCAGAUCCACAUUCUCAAAACAGUGCGCCUGAUGGUGUCUAAAGCUCCAGCCCCUUCCACCAGCAGUAGUGUUCAGAGGACCACGAGGGUCACACUCCCAGCUGCUGGCUGCAGCCCUGUGACUGACAGUCCUCCAGGUGACUGGAGGUGGAAGGCGAUCGUGGCUGGUGUGGUGGUGGCUGUCCUGCUGCUGCUGGGCCUUGGUGUGCUCACAGCCCUGUACCUCAGGAAAGCCCGAGGAAGAGCCAGGAAAGGUAAGAGCGACUCCCACCACAUCUCCGAGGAUCUGCCAGCCCAGAAGGGGACCACUGGCUUUGAUCAGCCGGUCAUCUCUGACCAGGACUCGGGGACCAUCCACUAUGCCUCCAUCAUUCACCUAAACCACUCUGGUGCCAAGGACCCCAUCUGGUCCAACAGCCACGCCACCUCAAAGCCCAUGCCUGACACCCUCCUGUCCGUGGAAUAUGCCAGCAUCACUGGACACAGGCCCCAGCCCUCCGAGUUGGCCACCCUUGACAGAGAGCCUAGGAACUGAGGGUGGAGUUCACUGGGCAGCGGGUACAAAGCUAUUCUGCCUGCAGUGAGGUGACUCUGUCAGAAGAGGCCAGGCUGGCCAGGGUCCGAGUCCUCCUGCAGGGAGAGAGGACGGAGCCAGGGGAGGGAGAGCCCUGGGCACAGUGGAGGGGUUUCUGGGCCCUGCUUGGCCCCUCAGAUCUAGGAAGAUGCUACCAGGUCAGAGUCCAGUGGAAGAGGGGCCCUUUCUCCCCUCCCUCAGUGGCUGUCACUUUCUUCCUGGCCAGGGCAUGAGCGCCUGGCAGGUUGUGCAAGUCCCUCUGUUGCUGCCUCUGAGGCCUUGAAGCCAGGCUGGGGUUCGGCCUCACCCCAGCUCCUCUCCUGCCUGGUCUCCUGGUUCUGACUCAUCAGUCACAGAUUCUCUUGAACCUGCCAGGAGGAAGGCUGGACCAUGGGUGCUGCCGGCCACCCGGGAGUCUCCUGGAGCUCUGGCCAGGCAGGGUGGGCAGGGAGCUUCCCUCCCGGUGGCUGUGUACACAGCUCCCUCCGCUCCGCCACCUGCACCCCUGCUACACAGCGCGGGCUCGAGGAUGCUCUGCCCAGCUCAAGGCUCUGCUGGGGACGGGGUCCCUUAACCGUGCUUCCCAGAAGUGGCAGAGCUCAACUCAGGGACUCCAGGCCCAGUGGGCAGGAAGCUCCUGUCACCUCUGCCCGUGACAUCCUUGCUGCCGCCAUUCACCUUCCAGGGUCCUCAUGUCAGGAUGAGGUUCUUACCCCAGCCUUGGACUCCAUGGAGACACAGACUGUACCUGCAUUUAGGGCCUGGCGCUUGGGCUGGGGGAGGUGGGCACAGGGAGGGUGUGGGAUGCUCUGACAGCCACCCUGGCUCCUGUGGUCUCCACCCUGUGCUGCUGGGGUCCCCUCUUCCUGCAGUCCAGAGCUGACUGCUAGAGGCCAGUGACUGCCCUGACCUCCCCAGCCUCUGGUCCUUCAUGACUCUCCACUGCCCAUGCUCUUGGCCUACAUGGGGUCCCAUCUUUGUCUUUACCAGUUGGGUCUCUGGCAGGACUGAGAGCCAUGCCAGGGUGUCAAAACCCUAAAGACUCCUCUGUGCUCCUGGGCUGAAUGAUCAGUGUUCAAGGUACCUCUGAUAGGCGGGGGCCUGGCCCAGGGCUGAGGACACAGAGAUUAAUUCUAGGAAGCCAACAGGAUGGAGCGAGAGCAUGGGCCAGACUCAGACUUAGGCAUGGCUUGAACAUGCCUGCAAGCGAAGUACUUUCUCCAUUUUACAGAUGGAGAAACAGAGGCACAGAAAGGCUAGGUAGCACAGCUAGUAAAUGGUGGAUCCCAGGCCCUGAAGGGGCAAGCACCAUGCUUCUGGGCCCAGUGCACUGAGGACCUGCAUGUGUGUGGGUAGAUGUGUGAAUAAUGACGACACAGGGUCUAGGAGAGGAUGCGGGGUGUGUGACAUUUUGUGAGACAAAAUCUCUGGGGGCCCAAGGGGACGCAGCUUAGACAUUUACAGGGAGAGAUUCCCCAGCAACCAGUGGCCCUGGUAAGAGGACUUGGGGCCCUCCUUUCCUCCCUGUGCCUGCCCCAGGGACAGGGCUGCCAUGCUGCCCCCAAAGGGCCGGAAACCCCUUUGCAGAGCUGUGGGCUUAGGAACUUGCAUCUCUUCCUACCUCAGUGUCCAAGCACCAUGCAACCAGGCUCCCCAUAGGGAGCUGCCUGAGGAAGGGGAGGGAGGGGAGUUGCCUUGGCCCUUGGGGCCCCAGCAGGUUUGAGUCCCCUGUGAGCAGCACCCCCAAAUCUGCAGAGUGGGAUGCAGUUGAUACGCUAUGUAAAGAUGUUAGCCUUUAACUCCUCUGUCCUACUUUUCAGUGGUUGUUUCAAGCUAUUAGGUCUUGGGAUAGUUUGUUAUGCAAAAAAAUCAAACCAAACUGCCAAGACAAAUUUGGGGAACAAGGCCACAGAAACCAGACUUACGCUAAGCAGUAAUAAUCCCUGUGUCAUCCUAGAAUGGAGGUGGGCAGAGGCGAGGAACAGACCUGUGAAUAGGUGACGCGUGACAGAGCAGGGGACGGAGAUCAGAAUGGUUAAUGUGGCUGACAGAGCUGUCUGUCCAUUCGGGGGACAAACACAGUUACAUUCCUGCCUUAUAUUUUACACAAACAUGAAUCCCAGAUGGGUUAUAAAGCUAAAUGUGUGUGAGUAGCCAAACAAUAAAAUGUUUAGACAAAAA